UUCCACCUGCAGCAAGCGCCAGAUCUUGUUCACUUCGUCCACGGCAUGCGUAGCUCACAGCUUUCUUCGCGAACGAUUUACCGACAGACUGUCUAUGUCCAGCGUCCAUGAAGACGCCGCAGGAACGGAAGAGGGAGGUCAACGGCCUGUAACACCGCCGAAGCCAGCACUGUCGAGAGCCCUUUCCGACCGCUUCAGCGUUGGCCUGGACAAAGGUCAGGUGUCAACCGAGGAUGAUAGGCCGCAGAAGGAAAACGUUUCUGAUAUGAGCUCAACUGUGAGCGAGGCACAACCAGAGGUGGUGGAAGGAGUUGCAGACAUGAAUGGAUCGGCCAAGGAAGAAGGCGGCGAUUAUUCGCAUGCGCGGGCCGAGAUUGAGCGGCAAGCGAGCGAACACCUUGCUCGCAGGGCGACAGAGAUGUCGCUGUCCAGAGAGGAUGAUAAUGACGAGCAGCACCAUCUUAGCCAAGUUCCUGCUAGCACCAUGGACAAGCACGAUCUACCUGAGACUCCUCCCCCUCCUGCUCCGCCUCGGAAGGACAAACACGAUGAAAAGGCCAUAUCCAAGGACGUCGAGUAUGAUGAAAAGCAUCCGCCUCAGAACGAAGAUGCACAGCCGGAGCUGCCAGAAGCCCCGUCUGGGACUAACGAGCCGACUGGCGCGGAGAUACAGAACAUUAUGGACCAAUUCGAGAGCGGCAUGGGAGGAUUGGAGGAGCAGGCUAUCAUGUCGCCACGACUGGAGCGCCAGCAGCCGAUGCUCGUGUUGCCUCCGCGAUCCUCAAGCCUCGAGGCACAACCGUCGUAUACGCUGAGUCCGCAGAGCACAGGACAAAGUGUCGCCUCGCCCACACCAUUACGGCCUCAGGGCACUGGCAACUCUAUAGCUUCCAGUCUGCAAGGAGGGAAAGGAGACGAUUCAGCAUCGAUCAAAAGUGCUAGGGCCGGCAGUCUAUUCCAGCCACCUCCCCCUGAGCCGGAGCCGGAGGCCGCCCUCCCAUUCGACUUUCAUCGUUUCUUGGAACAAUUGCGAAACAAGUCGGCAGAUCCAGUCGCCCGUUAUCUCCGCUCAUUUCUUGGCGAAUUUGGCAAGCGGCAAUGGAUGGUUCAUGAGCAAGUCAAAAUCAUCUCUGAUUUCCUAGAGUUCAUCUCCAGAAAGAUGGCACAAUGCGAAGUAUGGAGGACCGUCUCAGAUGCCGAAUUUGAGAAUGCUAAAGAAGGAAUGGAGAAAUUAGUCAUGAAUCGACUGUACUCAUUCACCUUCUCUCCCGCUAUACCUGCGGCCCCUUCAAGUCCUCGAAAGGGCACAAGGAGUCAUCGCAUGCAGGCUGAUCAGGCCUCCGUCCAUGGCCCCGGAAGACGUGGUCAGCAUCAAGAAGAUGUCGAACGCGACGAUGUGAUCGCACAAAAGAUCAAGAUUUAUGGCUGGAUUCGUGAAGAACAUCUUGAUGUGAAGACUUUGGGAGCGAAGGGCGAUAAAUUUUUGACACUCGCGCAGAAGGAGCUGCUCAAGAUCAAUUCGUACCGUGCACCACGAGACAAGGUCAUCUGCGUGUUGAAUUGUUGCAAAGUGAUCUUUGGCUUUCUGAAAAAUGCUAAACAGGACCAAUCAGCUGAUGCCUUUGUGCCGCUACUCAUCUACACAGUACUGCGGGCACGUCCUGAACAUCUUGUCAGUAAUGUGCAAUACAUCUGGAGAUUUAGAAACCAGGAUAAGCUAGGUGGAGAGGCAGGCUACUACAUGUCGUCCCUGAUGGGUGUGGUGACGUUCAUCGAGAACCUGGAUCGCACGAACCUGACCAUUUCGGAUGCGGAGUUUGAGCAGAAUGUCGAGCGCGCUGUGAGCGCAAUCGCCGAGAAGAAUAGAGCAGACGAGCACGACCACAAGGCACAAAUGUCGCGACCUUCCGGACCCAUGAGCCAUCUGAGUGAGAAAAGUGCCCUCAGCCAGCCGGAGGUGACGCCGCGCAAUAGCGUGGAAGUGGAACAAUCCACUCCUAGACGGAGUCAUAGCCAACGUCUCCCCGAAAGAGUAGCCCAGUCCAGCCGUGCUGGUAAUGACGAUGCCGAACCCGAUUCUAUGACUGGGCUCCUACGAAGUAUACAGAAACCACUAAGCAGCAUUGGGCGCAUCUUUUCCGACGAUGGAAACGCGGAUGAGAAGCAGACCAGGUCAGGCCACACGCCACGAGGCUUGAGCCCGGCGCCGCAGCUCGAGCGGGACCGCAGCGGGCAUGCACGACUCUCGGCAGAAAGACAGCGAAGCCAGCAACGACAGAUUGCAGAUGAUGCUGCUGCCAGGCAAGCCAGUGCAGAGGUGGCACAGGCGCAGGCGGUAAGGGUGCGCGAGCACAAGGUCGUGGUAGAGACUCUUCAGAGCAUGUUCCCCAACCUCGAUCGUGAAGUCAUUGAGGAUGUUGUGACCGCACAGGAGGGCAACGUGGGUAGGGCAGUGGACGCUUGCCUCGCGUUAAGCGCAACAUAAUAUCUAGAGCUCUCACACGGUCUCCUUGACCAUCCAUGUCCCAAAUCUUGCACAGUGAUAGAGCCAUGCCAUGUCUACACAAUUCCAAUCGCGCCA